AUGGGUAAGAAAACCGCCGCUGCCGCCGAGGUCGUCAAGAAGAACUGCAGCUGUGGUCGUCACGCCAUGGGCGAGAAGGAAGCCUGCCGCUUCUGCCCUCGAGUCGUUUGCGACAGUUGCAGAGAAGAAUACUGUUGUGGACCGAUCUGCGAAAAGUGCAACGAGGACCGUGAGCAUCUGAUGCAGUGCGACAAGUGCGAGAACCCCGUCUGCGACCGAUGCAUCGUCAUCACCAAGGGCGCCCGCGAAGGAAACUCUUGCAAGUCCUGCAAAAAGGCCGCCGCCCAUGCUGCUCAUGAAGCCCAUCCUACCGCCAUCUCUGUCUAA